AUGUCAUAUUUAACUAAGGAUCAACUUGGUACAAAAUCAAGACCAACGUCGAUAAGUGCAAAAUCAAAAAAUUUAACUUCUAUAAAUGUACCACCUAAUAGCCCGUUGAGCCCAACGUCCUCUGGUUCAUCACCACUUUCAACUCUAGAAGAACGAAAGAUUGGUGUGGUACGCGGUCCGCGGUCACCACCGCUAUCGAACUAUAAUAGUUUGAUCAAUUCACACAUUAAUAAUAAUAAUGAAAAUUCAGUAGAAUUAUCCCAAACCGUUAAAGCAACAGACACAAUUCCUGAGUUAACUCAAAAACCAUCCACGCAAACCUCUUCGAUUACAUCAUCUGCAUCAUCUUCUAAUGAAACCGAAAAAAAGACCCAAUAUAGGAAUAUCGAUGAUAUCGUGAACGAUCUCUCAUAUCCAUUGGAAACCAAACUUUCCCUUAAACCUAAUAAUUCAUCACCUUCUGUUACACCAUCAGAAAACAAUAUACCUAUAACUCAAGAGCGACGGAAUAGUCGACCUAUCUCCUUAACUCCUUCAUUAGAUUGUGCCGGAUGUGGAAAAGCAAUUAUUGGUAAAGUAUUAAAUGCAAUGGGAAAGAGAUGGCAUCCGGAACAUUUCAACUGUAAGCACUGUGGGAUUACUUUGGAAUAUGUUGCAUUUUUUGAAAAGGAUGGUUAUCCUUAUUGCCACUUGGAUUAUCACGAGUUGUUCAGUCCAAAAUGUGGACAUUGUGGUAACACUAUCGAAGGGCUCCAUCGACUUUUUCAGUCGCAGCAGGCUAUUUCACAAACAUCCAUAGCUACAGCUUCAAGUAAUCACUUACAAAAGAAUCUUUUGAAAUCAAAAGAUAAAUAUAAAAAAAAAGUUUUCUUGACGGAAAAGAAACUUUAUUUUUAUAUUGCAUAUGUAAACUCAUUGCCCCAACAAGGCGCGACCGUCUUAGAAAUUUUGAGACAUGAAGUUGAAGCAGAACGAGAAAAGUGUAUUAGAGAAGGAAAGGAAUAUAAAAGAGAUAAGGAAACAAUAGAGCAAAUAUUUGGGAAUAAACAACAUGGCAAAGGUGAAAGUAAGAUUGAAAGUAAUGACGGAAAAG